ACGAGUUGUUAGAGCAGUGAGAACUCCAUUUUCUCUCAUUUUUCGAACAUAGAAGCUCGAUUCCCUGUUUGUACCCCCAUUUACUCCUUAAAUUCCUUAUCAGUCCCUCACUGAAAAUACUUAUAAUCUUUUUCUCCGAUCUUCAGGAAUUCGCUAAACUUUCCCAAUAGUCCUCUCUGCCCCGCAACACUUGUCCUUGGCUUCACUUCAACCUCAACCCGAUUCAAGACAUCCUUGGAUUGCCCCUUGUCCAAUUGAAGAGGGGUAUCAAACAGCUCUAUCGCCAUCUCUAUGUAAGAAAUCUUGAUCUGGGCUCCUGAUAUUUUGCUGAAGUCUACGGUUAUGUGAUUUUUGCAAUUGAAUGAGUAUUGAAUUGUUGAGUGGUUUUAGUUAUUUUAGUGGUAUAAAGUGAUGACGCCUCAGCCAAGAAGGAAGAAAUGGACUGAGGCGGAGGAGAGGACUCUGAUAGAUAAGUACGGAGAGAUGUCUUGUGAUGGGACUUUAUCAAAGAUGAAAACUAGGGAGAAAAAGUACAAGCCCAUUGCUCUACAUGUCAAUUCCAUGCACCACGUGAGAGACCCAGUGUUGUAUCCAUGGCAAUGGACUUGGAAGGAUGUCUCCACUAAGGUGCAGAAUAUGAGGCACCAGUAUGCCUUGGUGAAGCAGAAGAUUAAGAAGCAAGAAUCUUCGAUCAGGGGAUCGGGUGAGGAGGAGUUUGAUUGGAUGGAAGGGAUUACGCAUUGGUCGAACUUCCUUAGGUAUAAGGAGGUUUUUGGAGAUGUGCCGCUUGUAUUUACAAGCAAUGAUGGGGUUGGAGGGGGUAAUGAAUGUAAUGGGGGGUUCGAGGGGGGUGGUCAUGAAAUGGAUAUUAUGCAAUUUGAGCAGCUGGGUCAAGUGCCGGAGGGGGAUUUUGUGGGUGGGAUCGACGGGGUUGAAAAUGGAGUAAUGGAUUUGGAGUUCGACUAUGAUGGAGAGGAGGGAGAAGAGAAUUAUAAUGCAGGUACUAAAACUGAGGUUUCUUUGAGGGAAGAUGCAUGUGCCAGAUUUAUUUGUGAAGAUACUGAACCAAAUGCAGCAGAUAUGAGAAAGAAGAGAAAGGUGUUGAAAGGGCUGGAGAAGAAGGCAUGGGGAUUUCUUGUUAACCAGUUAGGGCACUUGAGGGAGAUGGAAACCCGGUUUGAGCAGCGUGAGUUGGAGAGAGAGCGGGAAAGGCAAAGGAGAGAACAUCUCCAAGGAAGAUAUGGAAAAGGAUAG